AAGAACCCCGCAAUCUGCACCGGAUUUCUCUACAAAAAGAAAACAUCAUAAGUUGACGGAAUAUUUUCGUUUCUUUUCUAUCUUCACUGUCAACUUUUCUCUUCAUCUCUCUCGACCUACUUUAGUAUCUCAAGUUGAAUCGUGUAUUAAGCGCCCCUCCCUUAUCUUGUUUGCGCGGUUAGAAGAGAGCUAAACCAUACAUACCAUCAUACCCCCAUCAUCAUAGCUCCUCAAAUCCGGAGAGUAGAGUACUAGGAACUAGCCUCAUACAAUCUGUCAAAAACAUUAUCUGCAAGAAUGGCCAAUGUAAAUGAACUGGCAACUGCUUCAAUCAUGAAGAACGAAGCACCAAAGGGAAUCCCAAACGAUGGACGGGGUUAUCCAACUUGAUCCAUGGCUCGAACCAUUCAGAGAUUCUUUAAAACACAGAUAUUCAAAAGCACAGCAAUGGAUUAAAAUCAUCGACGAUACCGAAGGUGGUAUCGAGAAAUUCAGCAGAGGUACCGAGAAGUUUGGAUUCAAUGUCGAUAAGAAGAACAACAUUACAUACAGGGAAUGGGCUCCGAAUGCAACACAAGCAUUCUUGAUUGGUGAUUUUAAUGAUUGGAACCGCGAGUCUCACCCUAUGAAGAAGGAUCCUUAUGGGGUUUUCGAAAUUGUUCUGCCUGCAAAGGAUGGCAAACCAGCCGUCGCACAUAAUUCCAAGAUCAAGAUCUCUAUGAUUACACCUUCCGGCGAACGAAUUGAACGAAUUCCUGCAUGGAUCAAAUAUGUCACACAAAAUCUCUCCGUCUCCCCAGUUUACGAUGCUCGAUUUUGGAACCCACCUGAGUCCGAACGAUAUGUCUUCAAGCAUCCCAGACCAAAGAAGCCAGAAAGUGUUAGGGAGUUCACAAAGAACAUGAUACCAAGAAUACAUCAUUUGGGUUAUAAUGUUAUUCAGCUUAUGGCUAUUAUGGAGCAUGCAUAUUAUGCAAGUUUCGGUUAUCAAAUCAACAGUUUCUUUGCUGCAAGCAGUCGAUAUGGUACACCUGAUGAGCUGAGAGAGCUCAUAGAUACCGCACAUGGACUUGGUAUCACUGUGCUGCUUGACGUAGUUCACAGUCAUGCUUCCAAAAAUGUAUUGGAUGGGCUCAAUGAGUUCGACGGAAGUGACAGCUGCUAUUUCCACGAGGGGCCUAAAGGAAAGCAUGAGUUGUGGGAUAGUAGACUUUUCAACUAUGGAUCUCAUGAAGUCUUGAGAUUCUUGCUCAGCAAUUUACGAUUCUGGAUGGACGAAUACAACUUUGACGGGUUUCGAUUUGACGGUGUUACGAGCAUGCUUUAUACCCAUCAUGGAAUUGGAACGGGGUUCUCGGGUGGUUACCAUGAGUACUUUGGCCCAUCUGUUGAUGAGGACGGUGUUGUCUACCUCAUGAUUGCCAAUGAGAUGUUACACCAACUUUAUCCAGAAUCGUUAUCUAUUGCAGAAGAUGUUUCGGGAAUGCCCGCUUUGUGCUUACCAUUAGCACUCGGUGGUGUAGGGUUUGAUUACAGACUUGCUAUGGCCAUUCCUGACAUGUGGAUCAAGAUCCUCAAGGAGAAGAAGGACGACGAAUGGGAUCUCGGAAACAUCUGCUUUACUUUGACGAACAGACGUCAUGGUGAGAAGACUAUCGCAUACUGCGAGAGUCACGAUCAAGCAUUGGUCGGAGAUAAGUCCAUUAUGAUGCACUUGUGUGACGCAGAGAUGUACACAAAUAUGUCAAGACUUACAGAGUUCACGCCAAUUAUCGAGCGUGGAAUGGCAUUACAUAAGAUGAUUCGCCUCCUGACAUCCGGUCUUGGAGGUGAAGGUUAUCUCAAUUUCGAGGGUAACGAAUUCGGUCAUCCAGAGUGGCUCGACUUCCCUCGUGAAGGCAACAACAACAGCUUUUGGUAUGCUCGCCGUCAAUUUAACCUUCCAGAUGAUGAUCUUCUUCGUUACAAAGCACUGAACGAGUUUGAUUCCCACAUGCAACAUCUUGAAGCAAAGUAUGGUUGGUUACACAGUGAUCAAGCUUAUAUUAGCUUGAAGAAUGAGUCUGAUAAGGUUAUUGUCUUUGAGCGAGCUGGUUUGUUAUGGAUCUUCAAUUUCAACCCAACUCAAAGUUUCGUAGAUUACAGAGUUGGUGUCGAACAAGAGGGUACUUACAAAGCUGUUCUCAACACUGAUGCCAAGGAUGUUGGAGGAUUCGAAAGAAUUGACUCUUCAACACGCUUCUUCACAACACCUUUUGCAUGGAACGACAGAAAGAACUUUAUUCAAGUAUACAUUCCAACCCGUACAGCAAUAGUUUUGGCACUUGAAUCUACGCUAUAAAAAUUAGUAGAUAAAAUGGCUAUUCGGCGGGCAAGCAGGUUGAAGAAAUGAGUAAAAUAAAACUAGAAUAUGACUGAGAGAUUGGAGACGGAAAAAGUAUGCGGAUUCUGCUUUCAAUACCUACCUCUUUAUGUCGAUAGAUUUAUUUUAGCUAUGUGAGCGAGCCUUUGCAGCGAAGAAAAAAAAAAUAGAUUAUUUGGUUUUCUCCCCCGCCAAUUAAAGAAAGAAAUUUUGGUGGGAAAAUAAAUUGUGUGACGGUUCUUUGUAAAUCCGACCAAGUAAUACUACAAACGUACCUAGGUGAUAAUAAGUAUCAUUUCAUAAAAAUCGAGUG